UUUUUUUCCCUGCUCAAUCCACUGUCAUCGUCACCUAUAAAACCUGUCGAAGCAAUUCAUACCCAAAAAGGGAAAAAAGAAAAAAAGUCUACUCUCCCAUUUCUACUUCUCUCUCAGCAAGCGGAUCAGAUGAAUUGCCUUCAGAAUCUUCCGAGGGCCUCAUCUUUGCCUCUGCAAAGCUUCAAAUGCCAUAGCCAGUGGAAGCUACCGUGCUCUCUCAGUAUGAAGGGUGCUGCGGAAAGUUCCGAUCCUCACAGGAGCAUCUCUAUGAAGGCCAUUUCUGGUUCGACUUCUAGUGCUGCAGAGAUGAGUGGCUCUGACGUGAAGGAGGAAAAAUCAGAGACUUAUAGCAAUAACAUGACAGAAGCUAUGGGUGCUGUUUUGACUUAUAGGCAUGAACUGGGAAUGAAUUACAACUUCAUUCGCCCAGACUUGAUUGUGGGAUCAUGCCUACAGAACCCUGAUGAUGUUGACAAGCUUCGUGAGAUUGGAGUCAAAACAAUUUUUUGCUUACAACAAGAUCCAGAUUUGGAAUAUUUUGGGGUUGACAUCAAAGCAAUUCAAGAGUAUGCCAAGACAUACGAUGACAUUGAACACUUACGAGCUCGGAUAAGGGAUUUUGAUGCAUUUGAUUUACGUAUGCGGCUUCCAGCGGUGGUUAGCAAACUCUACAAAGCCAUAAACCGAAAUGGAGGUGUUACAUAUAUACAUUGUACUGCUGGACUUGGAAGAGCUCCUGCUGUUGCGUUAGCAUACAUGUUCUGGAUUCAGGGAUAUAAACUCAAUGAUGCUCACAGUUUGCUUCAGAGCAAGAGGUCAUGCUUCCCAAAGCUUUACGCAAUAAAAAGUGCCACUGCUGAUAUUCUUACAGGAUGUAAGAAGAAGCUGAUAACUUUGACAUGGAAAUAUGGUAACUGCUCUACUGUGGAAGUUUCUGGACUCGAUAUUGGAUGGGGUCAGAGAAUGCCCCUUGAAUUUGACAAGAAGACGAGAUCAUGGAUUCUCGAAAGGGAAUUACCUGAAGGAGAUUACGAGUAUAAGUAUAUUGUUGAUGGUGAAUGGGUGUGCAAUGAGAAUGAGCUCAUUACAUCUCCAAACAAGGACAGCCAUGUGAACAACUAUAUUACGGUCACUGAUGAUGAUCCCAGCAGCGCUAGUGCAAUCCUGAGGAAGAGGCUAACAUCAGACGACCCUGACCUGACGAAGGGUGAACGCAUGAUCAUCAGGCAGUUUCUUGAGGCUUAUGAGGAGUGAAAACAUGAGCCAUGGGUAAUUCUGUCCACGCACACGUAUUACCAACGACAGUAAAUUUUGCGUGCUAUGCAGGCAGAAAUAGUUAGACGCAUAUUAUAUAACUAUAGAUGUUGUAGCAUAAUCGGUUGAUAAAUAAAAAAUUAUAGAAAUGUAUACAUACAGACUUGAGAAUAAAUUCCAUUAUCACAUCAAAUAAAGGCCAUGUAGAGUUAUAGUUAACUAUUU